UUACUUCUUGGAUCCGUCACUGUCUACAGCCACGAAACUAUUACGAGCACUCCAACUUCCAAACCUACUAUCUCUGCCUAUAUAAACACAACCCACCAUCAAUAUCUUUUUCAAGUCUCAUUCACCAGUUCCUAAUUUGCUUUUCCUUUUUAUUGGGGUUUAGAUCGCUGCUUUGCUUAUAUAUAACAAACCCAGUGUUCUGUUUUUUUUUUUUGGAGAGAUCAAAUUCACCGGGAGAAAUGAAGAGGCGGAGACGUAGUGGCGGAGGCGGCGCCGGCGUUGAUCAAGCUCCGAGUUUUGAAGUUACAACAACAAAAACAGCGGCGGCUGCGAGCAAGAAGGGUAAGAAAACUAUCGACAAGAGCGUGAAAGAAGAGGCGAGGAUCGACGGCGGCGAUGAUCAGCAAUUGGGUUUGGUGGCGGCUGAUCAGAAUCUUAUGGCUGGGGAUGAGAAUUACUGGGGGAAUUUGGGUGGUGGUGUUGCGGUGGAUGAGCAAAUGUCCUGGGGGUCCGUUUGGUUGCCACUUUGGGAUGUUGAGUUUAUGGAAGAGUCGCAUUACCGAUUGUUUUGUGAUGUGAUUUGGGACGAUGACAUUUGGGGAUUAAGAACCACAAAAGAGAUCCCAAAUCCGUGAAAAAAGACGGAGAGAAGAUUUGUGUUUACAUUGUUCAGUUUAUGUAUAAGAUUCUGUAGCAACAACAAAAUAGUCAUUUUCUGCAAUUAUUUUUUCCGCUAUCA